AUGACUACGAAUCUGGACGUGAGACAGGCAGCUAGCGAGGUGGACCUGGUGCUGCCCGGCACUAGUGGAGUGACGGAUACGCGCCAGCUAUCCGUUCAAUUUUCUAGGGUGGACGCGGAAUGGUGUACCCUGAGGUCGGGGCGACGAAGGGCCGGGGUUUCCCCGGCGGCCACGCAUGCCGCUACUUCUCGGCACGGCGAGCACUCCGACGAGUCAGUCGCUUUGACUGUGUCCUUGGAGAAGUGGCCAGCGAAGAGGAGGGGCCGUCCGCCGACCACAGGCGUAUACUCGAAACUCGCCGCGGCGAAGCAAAUGCUCCUGGAGGUACAACGCCAGGAGCUGGAACUCGCGGAGGAGAAGAGGGCACUGGACCCUGCCGAGGACCCUCCUGAGCCGAGUCGGAGUAGCAGGUCCCUCCCCGACCCUGAGGACCUGGCGGAGGAGUUCAGGCAUGUCCCAACGGUCGACCUGGCCGCCCAAGCCCUGGAAUUCUGUACGGAUGUGGAGAGGGUAGCGGGCGUUUCUAAGGGCCUCAAGGGAACGCUCGUGAGGAAACUAAGGAUGGCCGCACGCCAUUUAAAGGCCAUCCAUACGGAGACGGCGGUUAGGGCCGUCCCCGCUAGGGCAGGGAAAGAGCUAGACGAGCUCCGCCGCCAGCUAAAGCUCCGAGAGCAAAACCUGGCGGAAGUCACAUGCACGGUCGUGACCACGGCGACGCCGGUGAUCGCGGGCCCUAAGACGUCCGCGAGGCCCGACUCGCCAUUGUCCGGCGAGGAAGCGGGCCGCAAGAGAAGGAACGAUGACGCGGACCUAUUCACACCCGAGGAUCCUACCGCUGUGGACGAGGUGCUAGCGAGCCCGGCCCCGGCUCUGGCUGCACCUGCGGAGAAAAGCUGCCCCGAGCCCGAACUGAUUGCGGGUUUUGCGGCUCUUCUCGAGAGGGAUCUGGCGGGACUCAGUGCGGAGUUUCAGGCCGCCAUAGCGGCGGUUCAGCUCCCGCCGAAGAGGGCGGACCAGCCCAAGGGGGUCGAAGCGGCUGCAGCCACCCCAGCCCCAUCGAGAAACAAGGCGGAAAGGCGGGUCCGCAACAUGGUCCCGCCUACCAGGGAUCCGCAACCGGGACCCACCUCCGCGCCGGCGUCAAUCGUGGAGAAAAGGAUGGCCCGGAUCGUAGAGGAACACCGCCGAACUGCGGACGGCACGUGGGUCACGGUAGUCGGCCGCCGUGCGAAAGCGGCCGAGAAGAAAGCGGCAGUGGACGAGGCCCCACCCGCACAGGGUAGCAAGGACGUGGCCCAGAAGAAGAGAGUCGCUUCGCAGGCCAAGGGGAAGGCGGCUCAGCCGGCCAAACCAAAGGCCCCCCGGCCCUCAAAACGUCUGCGGUAA